CGUGCCCACUCAGGUGCGCCACGAACCCAGAAGAGGGCUGCGGAAAGGAGGCGGAGAGGACAGAGGAGAGAGGAACAACAAUGGCGACCACUCUCUCGUUAUCUUCUCCCCUCUUCCUCGCCGCUCCGCCCAAAGCUAGAGUUGUGAUUUCUCUUGUAGUGGCUUCAGCUGCUCCAUCACGGAGCACUGCAAAUCUACCAUGCAGGGGAUAUUUCCCUGGCCUGGCGCAUGGCCGGAAGCAACAACGACGCACAUCAGUAGUAUCCGUGUUUGGGCGAAAGACAAAGAUCACCAGAGAAACAGUUGUCCCUGACCCAGACUACCGGUUACCGAUAGCUAUACUUGGGAUUGCUGGUGCAUUUGCAUAUGCGGACAACCUUCUUGCUGCUGCACCUGUAGGCCUUCUGGGGCUGCUUCUUUUGUUCCAGACUACUAGAGUUAGAUUCGUCUUUGAUGAUGAGGCCCUGGAAGUGAAAGUGGGAAAUCAGCUGCAGGAAUCAGGCGAAAAUGUUUUUGUUGGUGGCAAGAACCGUUGGAAGUACUCAACAUUCGUGAACUGGGAACUAUGGUGGCCACAAUUCCCUAUCCUGGUUUACUUCAAAGAGACCCAAACAAAACCCGAAGGCCAAAUUCAUUUCUUCCCUGUGAUUUUCAACGGCCAGCAACUCUAUGAUACUAUGGUGGAGCGUGCUGGACCUUCGGAAACAAGCGGGCCUAAUCGCUGAGACAGACGGCGAGCUGUGAUCCAUGGGUUCUGUAAGCAUUGGUUCAAGUUCCAGGAGCCAAAAUCUCCAUGAUUUGGAAAAACUGCUUCAAUGUAUAUCUAUUCUAUGUGUUGGCAUAGUAUUCUAUGCGUUAAUCUUGAUAGCAAAAGUUGCACAGUAAGCAUCUUGAAGUUGGUAUGUGAGAAAAUGAUGUAAUGCGGCUUCUUCGA